AUGGAAUACGUCGGUUCGGUUGGUCUAUCAGGAGGUCUCAUGUGUAUUUGGGAUCCUGUUUUAUUCGAAGCGAUUUCGGUAGUUAAAAACACUAAUUUUCUUGUUGUUGUCGGUAAACUCAAAGGCAGUGGCCUUUUGUUGAAUAUUGGUAAUGUGUAUGCCCCUCAACUGGUUAGAGCGAAGAAAGAUCUUUGGGAUGAGAUCGCUAGUAUCAUGGAAGACCAUCCUAGUAUGUGGGUCGUGGGUGGUGAUUUCAAAGCGGUUAGGGAACCUUCGGAAAGGAGGAACUCCGGAUUUAAGAAUGCCUGUGCUUCAAACUUCAAUAGUUUCAUUUUCAACUCGGGGCUUUUAGAGUACGACAUGAAAGGUAGUAGGUUCACCUGUAUUAGAGGAAAUGGAAAGAAACUUAGUAAGAUCAACAGGUUCUUGGUGUGCUCGGAUUUUUUUAACCGAUGGCCAGAUGCUACGUUCAGAGCGCUUCCGGCUAGCUACUCUGAUCACGGUCCGAUUCUGCUUGUUUCCCAAAUGAGGAAUUUUGGUGCUAAACCGUUUAGAGUUUUUAACUCAUGUCUGGAAAAAGAAGGUUAUAAUGAAGCUGUGGAGAAGUCUUUGGAGGGUUUCAACGUAUCGGGUCCGCCGGAUUACGUUCUGUUACAAAAAUUUGCGACUAUCAGAAAAGGGUUAAAAGUUUGGAGAGAUGAGAUGAAAAAGAAAGAAGGGGAAUCGUCUAGUAGAGCAUUGGAAGAGUUGGAGGAAUUGGAGAAAAUUAUGGAGUCGAGAGACCUAACGGAGGAGGAAGAGUGGUCCUUCUUGGAAAACAAAAAAAAUUAUUAA